CGAGGGCCGAGAGCCGGGAGGGCAGCAGCAUGGCUCGACUGCAGCUCGUGCCGCGCUAGUAGCAGUAGUGCUCGGUCGGGUACCAGUAAUAGUGCUGUGGUCAUAUCACAGUAAUGACGAUACACUGUGCUGUACUAGACUCAGGUCUAAUAUACUCGCACGCUAGUAGUGACCUGUGCUCCCUGCAGGAGCAGGAGAAGCGGGACGUGGAGGAGCCCGAUCGCCCCCGGCAAAGGAAGCGCAGGAAACCGCGCGUCCUCUUCUCGCAGGCGCAAGUGUACGAGCUGGAGCGGCGCUUCAAGCAGCAGAAGUACCUGUCGGCCCCGGAGCGGGACCACCUGGCCAGCGCGCUGAAGCUCACGUCCACGCAGGUGAAGAUCUGGUUCCAGAACAGAAGGUACAAAUGCAAGCGGCAGAGGCAGGACCAGACGCUGGAGAUGGUGGGCGCGCCGCCUCCCCGCCGCAUCGCCGUGCCCGUGCUGGUGCGGGACGGGAAGCCCUGCCUGGGCGAGUCCUCGCCCUACAGCCCCCCGUACAACGUGAGCAUCAGCCCCUACAGCUACAACGCCUACCCCGCCUACCCCAGCUACGGCGGCCCGGCCUGCAGCGCCAGCUACAGCUGCAGCUACCCGGCCGUGCAGGCCGUGCCGCCCUCCGCCGCCGGCAGCGGCUUCGUCAAUUUCGGCGUCGGGGACUUGAACUCCGUGCAGGCGCCGCUGCCGCAGGGCAGCGCCGGCAUCUCCACGUUGCACGGGAUCCGCGCCUGGUAGAGCUGCUCCCUCCGCCCGCGCGGGGACGGGGCCCGGGCCCGGGGGACGGCUGAACCCAGCCGGGCUCCCCGUGGCCCCCCC